AUGGAGGAGAAACAAGAUCAUUCCGAUACUCCAGUGAAGGAGGAAUUCCAGUGCAAAAUCGAUGGAUGCAAGCAGAGCUUUACCACCGAGCUGCAUUGCAAUGUGCACACGAAAAAGCACGACUUGAGCCUGAACCUGGAGAUGCCGCUGAAAGGUCCGGGGGUCAUCUUCGCCGACCAAACACCCACCCCGACGCGUUUGAUUGGUAAAUGUGAAGAGGUUGGUUUGUUCGAGGACCUACAAAAGGUGAAUCCGUUUGAUGAGACGUUUCGCCGAGCGGUUGAAUCGGGUGCGAGCAGUGGUUCUUCGUUGUCCGGUGAACAGACCCCUUUGGCCACUCCACACACGACUAUCUCGCUCUCCUGUCGAGCUGCAGACGGGGAAACACUGCAUACCCCGCACAUAUUCCCCAGUGGUGUCGAUCGAUCGUCGCUUGAUCCCGUUGGUAGCGAGAAUGUCGCUGCUAAGCAACGACAAAAGAUUAAAGCAAGCGGAACGUCUUUGCGAACUAAGCAACAGCAACUAGAACAUGCGGUGACUGUUAAUAAAAGCUCGAAAAAGACACCCACCAAGCGUAAAACGCCUUCUGUGGUGGAUAUACUUCCGAAGCCGUCCGUACAACACAUAUCGCACGCAAGCGAAUCAAUUCCAGUCAUAAUCAUUCCGUCCGGCCCUUCGGAUACAAAGCUACCUGCGGAAGGAAACGUUCAUGUCAAAGAGAAGCUAAAAGAACAUUUAGCAAAAGUGCGUGAGACGUCGCAGGGACCGAAGGAGAGUACGUCGGCUAAGAAACGUGUAAAACACGAGGAGGGUAAGGCAGAGGCGCCCAUCAAACCCGCGAAACCAGUCGAUCUCAUUAAACCUACGGACGAGAAAGUCGAUUUAAAGCAUGAACGAUGGAAGGAGGCCGCUAAACGCUAUCGCUUGCGCGUUAAGAAAAGCCAAGAUCAGCAACUUCAGCGCAACCGCCUGCUGGAAGAGGAGAACAUUCGACUGCGAACACAGCUCGCCGAAAUGCAGUACGCCCACCGCAACUGUAACGUAACGCGUAGCAACGGUUCCUUAAAGGUUGCCCUGGUGCAGGGUACGUUGCAAAGUACUGCGAACGCCUCCGUUGCGCAGCAGGAUGCGAGUGCCGCACUGCUCAACACAAUCGAACAGCAACAACAGCAGCCGGCUCCACUGUCCGUCCCACAGCAACGAUUAAUUACAUCGCACAUCAUCGAUAGCAACACUUUUAACCGUAUGCCAAUAAUCAUUUUGAUGGGAUCGACGGCCGCGCAACCAGCUGCGCCCGCUGUAGUGAGUGGUGUAUCAGAUAGUGGAUCAGGUGCCUUACAGGAUGGGACUGGGUAA